GAGUACUACAAUCUUGACCUUUAUAUCAAGAUGUCAUGUCACAAAUUGGCCGGCCAUAGCCAGUGCUUGAGCAGCGAGUUCUGUUCCGUCUCCGGGGCAUGCGAGAGUUGCGACAUGUGUGAGUGCCUUGGUGGCUUCGACGGCACGUGUGGAAAUUGCGCCCCCGCACCUUUCAGAGAAACUUGUGACCCGGUUGCGUACCAGUCAGAUCACAUGGGCCCCCUUACACCGUGGCUCUCGGGUUUCAACUUCUUUGGGACCGAGGAGGACUAUACCCGCGUCAUCUGCAGUGGUCCGGUGGGCAGCUGGGAUGCCGGGUUCGGCGGCUGCAGCACCUACGAUCCGAACGUGUCCUGCGAGCUCGAGUGGGAUACCAUUGGCCCACCACCCAUGGGGCCGUGCUCCGAGAACCACGCCGCGUGCUUCCUCCACGUGGCCGCGAAUGGGCUCUCGGCGGCCCAGGUCUGCCCCCAGUGCGGGCUCUGCGAGCUGCCGGUCUGCCUCGGCUUCGGGCGGGCCUGGGACGCCGGCCACGGUGGCUGCGAGACGUACAGCGCCACGGAUCGGACGGCAUAGGCGGUAGCAACGCGGCGAGCUGCCACAGCCAU